AUGACCAUGACCCCAGCCCGCCCUCUCUUCGAGGGCUUCGUCGACACCACCAUGGACGCCCUCCGCCUCAUCGAGGCAGCCCGGCGGGGGAUGAUACCCCGAAUAACCCGGAGACUGAACGACUUCGAGCGGCGGAACAUGGUCAAGAGCGGCGCCGUCUUCAUCUUCAGCGUCGACGAGAGCGGCAUCAAGCGGUGGACCGAGGGCCUCGCCUGGUCCCAGUCCCGCAUCUCCGGGAACUUCCUCCUCUAUCGGGAGGUCGCAGAUCGCGCGCGGCCCAUCCUCCAGCACGCCGACCUCGCCCCCCUCCACACCGCCCGCCCGCCCGAGCCGCAGCUCGCGUACAAGCCGCGCGGGCUGGUCAAGAAGACGAUCACGGUCCGGGUCGACGGCGCGGACUACCACCUCAUCGCGUACUACACCCCCGAGGACGUGCAGAGCGGCGCGCUGCGACGCCCGACCGCCGUCCCGGAGCUGAUGGCGCUCGACGUCCCCCCGGAGCUCACGCGCUCGACCAACUUCCGCUACCCGCCCGAGCUCGAGCGGCCGCAGGAGGCGGCGACGGCCCCGCGCAGGUGA